CGAUCAAAGGACGCCUCUCGUCUCGGCGCUUGGCAGCGUGCGCCGACGCUCCACGCCGCCCGUCGCACCGCACCGCCGCAUCGAUCAUGGUCAAGUUCGUGCCCGUCGCGGACCCGGAGGCGCCGCGCUGGGAGCAGGACGAGGCCAAGUUGGCCAAGCACCGCCAGUUCGACUCCAUGGUCAUCUCGCGCGACGCCACGGAGCGGCGCGCGCUGGGCCGCGGCCGCGGUUCGACGACGGAGAAGCCGCAGACCAACCGGGGCUUCGAGCAGGGCUCCGUCGGCUGGGGCGUGCUCGGGUCCUUCGGCAGCGAGCAGCGCGACGGCGCGGCGCAGGCGGGCGCGCGCAAGGGCGAGGGCAACCUGAAGAUGGUGCAGAACGACAAGGGGCUCUGGCCGACGCGCGAGCUCUCGCGCGAGGAGCGCGAGCGCGCGGCCCUGGACCGCAAGAUGCGCGAGGCCGCGCGGCGGCCGGACCCGGCCGCGCGGCGCCGCUCGCCGGACCGGCGGCGGCGGCCGCCGCGCGACGACCGGCGGGCGCCGCCGCGGCGGGAGCCGCCGCGCGACGCGCCGCGGACCGCGCCGGCGCCGCGCGCCGACGACCGCCCCCCGCCGUCGAAGCGGCCGCGGUCGCCGCCGCCGCCCGCGCGGGAGCCGUCGCCCGCGACGGACGACGCGCCGGCCGACUUCGCGUUCACGUGCUGCCAGCUCGUGGACCGCGUGCUCGAGGUCUUCAACUCCGACGCGCCGCCGGCGGCGCGGCGCGGCGCCCUCGCGGGCUGCUUCGCCGACGCGGGCCUCGCCGUCGCGCCGCUCCGCGCGGGCAACCGGCCGUCGUCGGGCGCCGGGCCCUCGGCCGUCGACGCGAUCGUCGCGGCGUCGAGCCGCCUCGGCCGCGCGACGCCCAAGGUCCGCGUCUUCAUGGAGGCCGGCGACGAGGCCGAGACGCCGCCGGGCCCCGGCGACGCGAGCUUGUGCUUGGACGUCUACGCGAAAGGCGAAGCGCCGGGCCUCGCGGCCGUGCUCAAGGGCGCGCCGGCGACGACCCUCGUCCUCUGGCGCGCCCAGGGGAACAAGAUCACCCACGCCUGGGUCGCGCCGGAGCGCGAGGGCUUCGAGAACGACUGGGCGGCCGUCUCCGAGGAGAGCGUCCUCGAGUCGCGCGCCAUGGCCGCGACGAACGAGAUCCUUGAGGCCGAGCUCCCGCCGGGCCGCGACUUCUGGGCCUUCCACUUCAACAACUACGAGACGGACAUCGACCUCGUGUGCUAGAGGCGAAAGUAAAAGAGUUUGCUGAACAUUC